AGGUACAUGUAAGUGAAGAUGUCAACUUAAACUCGGGGUCGAAUAGAACCUUGAAGUGACCAGUCUCGUCUCGUUUCCCGCUAUCGGGACUUGCCUAAUUGCGUAGUAGCCGAGUACCGCAGCUGCCAGCUGGGUUAGGCUUAUUCUGGUGGGAUAGUGGUGGGAUCGAGGUGGGGCGUGGCCCUGAAUUGGCUCCCCUGGCGAUCGCCCUUACCCCUCUGCCGUCUUCUAGCUCCAUCAUAAAUAAAAAACAUCAGUGCCUGACCGUUCUUUUCUCUUUCCUUAUACAGCAUACAUAAUAAUAAACUUUAUACCAUAUACAAUAUUUGAAACGAUGGCUGACACUAUCUACAAGGCGAGCACUACUGCCCCCGUAAAUAUCGCGGUGGUCAAGUACUGGGGAAAACGCGAUGCGAAAUUGAAUCUUCCCACCAACUCGUCCCUCUCCGUCACCCUGUCACAAGCUGACCUCCGCACCCUCACCACCGCUACAUGCUCCGCGUCCUACCAAGGCCAAGAAGACAGCCUCACCCUCAAUGGCGAGCCUUCAGACAUCACCGGGGCCCGCACCCAGGCCUGCCUGCGCGAACUGCGUUCUCGGAGAGCCGCUGUCGAAUCGGCCAACCCGUCGCUGCCCAAGCUCUCGACCUACCCCCUGCGCAUCGUGUCCGAGAACAACUUUCCUACAGCAGCCGGUCUAGCCUCCUCCGCAGCCGGCUUCGCAGCCCUCGUCCGCGCCAUCGCGAACCUAUACGAGCUACCGAGCUCGCCGACCGAACUUUCGCUAAUCGCUCGCCAAGGCAGCGGCUCGGCUUGCCGCAGCUUGUUUGGCGGAUACGUCGCCUGGCAAGGCGGUGAGCAAGCCGACGGACUGGACUCAAAAGCAGUAGAGGUCGCGCCCGCAUCGCACUGGCCCAACAUGCGUGCCCUAAUCCUAGUCGUGUCCGCGGCCAAGAAAGGCGUCAGCUCGACUUCCGGCAUGCAGCAGACCGUCGGCACAUCUGACUUAUUCCAGCGACGCAUCUCGCAUGUCGUGCCCGCCCAUAUGGAGAAGAUGGAGGCUGCGGUGAAGGAUCGGGAUUUUGCGAAGUUCGCGGAGGUUACGAUGAAGGACUCGAAUUCGUUCCAUGCGUGCUGCGCGGAUACUUACCCGCCUAUUUACUACAUGAACGAUGUUUCUAGGGCGGCUGUUAGGGCUGUUGAGGCGAUUAAUGCGGCUGCGGGGAAGGUUGUCGCGGCGUACACUUUUGAUGCGGGCCCGAAUGCUGUGGUGUACUAUCUAGAAGAGAACAGCGGUCCUGUUGUGGGAACAUUCUACAAGCAGCUCCAUGCGACGGAUGGGUGGAAGGAUGGUGCUGACUCUUAUAGCGCUGCGGCUGUAGCGUUGGAUGAGGCUACGUCUAGCUUGCUCCAGGGCGGCGUGAGCAGGAUUAUACAGACCGGAGUAGGUGAAGGUCCGAUAAAGACGGAACAGCACCUGGCAUGAAUAGUCGGUACAUCAAAAGAAGCGACAUCGUAGGGACGACGUUUUAGAUCUUGGACUGGAGUUCACGAAUCUUUUGGUUUCAUGAUGAAUAAGCCUGUUGAUAUCAACAUCGAGGGCUAGACAAUAUGAGCGGAAUUUGUCGGUUACAAAUAUACAGAGCGCUUUGUUUGCAUUAGAGGCAAAAGUGGAAAGGACGUCGAAACCUGAUAUCAAUUUUAAUAUACCAUUUAAUACCACGAAAGCAUUGCACCUGCA